AUGAUGGAGUGGGCCACGGCACCAUUCGAGGUUGUCUAUACGUCUAUCGAGACCGACACCUUCGAUACAUCCAAAUAUGAAGAAGUCUUGCCCGAUUUAAAGACACUCAAUGUACUAGAUGGUAAAGCAAAGAAUAGCGCCAGCAGAGCUCAAUUAGAAAAGGGCCAAAUAAAGGUCCCCUCGGGGGAUACCUACCAAAUUAACCAAGAGUUUGCAAUCGCCGCAAUAACAUUGUCAGACGAGCUCAAUCUCGAUGAGCUGUUGACCGCAGAGAUAAUGUUGCAAAACUGUGAUCUGGAUUCAGUAAGCGAGAAUUCUGUGAUCAGUUUGGUCAAUGACGCGAAAGUGGCCUUUUAUGUUAGAAGGCAGUAUAUCCUUCAAAUUGUAUCCUUUAUCACAAACUGUUGCAGUUCUGAAGAUAAGGUUUACAUCGACCUAGUAUCUGACGGAACUUUAGCAAAGAAUAUAAUUCCCGCUUUCAAACAAAUAGAGAGUCAGCUCGGGGAAAUUAAAGUUCUAGUGAACAAAUCCGCGAUACUGGAAAGCUACGAUACGUUUGCUCAACAAAAUGUUCGCUUUAGAAGGGACUUUCUCCUCAAGGAAUACGAUACCCUAAGUCAAAUUCUAUAUGGCUUAGUCAAGAACGGCACUCUCAUGAAAAAGGAUAUGCUGCUUGAGCUGAUCAAUUGUGCCUCAAUGAUGGACUCAGGCGACUUUUUCAUCAUUUACUUUCUACCUGCAUUGUUUUUGGCUAUCUCCCAGCUUCACCUUCUCCCCGACGGUCACGUUCGAGAAAUGCACCAAACUCUUCUUCUCGAGCUUGAAAGUGAUACGAUAAGCGUACAGCCUGUUAAAGCCUCUCUAAUUUUUGCAUUUCUGGCAUUCUUUAUAGGAUGGUGCAAAGCAGCACCCUCUCAAAGAGCCAAAUCUUUUAACUUCGCCACAGACGUCGAUGAACCAAUGACAAAAGCGGUAGAAUUGGGCGCGAUUGAGCAGCUAAUGGCAUUUGCUGCGGACACCUCUGAGCUAGACAAAGACGAAAGCAUAGAGCUCUUUUACGAUAUCAGAUCUUUGUUAGAGAGACAUAUUCCGAGACUUUAUCUCAAACAACUUGUUGAUGGGGACCAGCCAUCUCCCGAUGCCAUCAACAACCAGCGAUUGCUCACAAAUGCUUCAAUGUCACAACAAAGCUUGUCUUUUUUUCUUUCGGCCUUCCAUCAUUUAUUACAAGUUGUGAUAACUGAUUGCGCUUUUCUUCUAACAAAGAUGAAAGAUGCUGAAGAGGAUUCUCUUCUUUCUGGAGAAGAUCUGUUUUUGGACGAAAUAUCCGCGAAGGCUGAUCUCGAACGAUUCUUCAUUACUGUACAUUACUUUUAUGCAUUCAGACCUGACUACUCUGCAGUAUUUUGGCAAGAUAAAGAAUCUAAUGCAUACGGGUUCAUUGAGUGGGCAAUGAAGUGCACAGACACACUUAUGAGAUCUUGUGUGUUCAUGAUGCUGUCGAGCCUUUCAUUUGGCCCAGAAAAUUCGGCGAAUGUCUACCACUAUGUGAAUCUCAAUGCCAAUCUCUCCUGGAAUACAGUUUCGCAACUUAUUAGCGACUACAUCGUGAAAAUUUCCGAGUUGGAAAGGAAACUUCUCGAUGGCCAGCAGAGAGAUCGGGAAGAACAGGAUCCCACUACCAUAGCCCUCAAAACCGGACUUAAUGAAGAGGUCAUCAUCCUUCUCUCAUCACUGUACACUUUGAUUGGAUGCGUGGCCCAUGACUUGAACGAGGGAGCAAAGGCGCAACUCUCAUCUCUAUUUACCGACAUUCUCUUUGAAUUCGUGAAGGUCGAUACACCUCUUGUGGGUGCUGCAUUAAAGGUCUUGAGUAAUCUUGUCCCUUAUGAUGAACUUGAGAGGAGUAAGUUUUGGUUCAAUCUAGACUCAUGGAUAUUCAAAGGCUUUAGGCUCACCAUCUCGGAUGACUCUUACCGAGAGGCUUUUGAAAGUAUCUUGACCCACUUUCAAGAUAUCACUGGGUUCCUGCAGCUCUUGAAUAGCCUUUUAAAAGUGCGCACGAAAAGCACAAACGGCUACCUCGAAUUUGGUCUUUUGCAAUUUCCCCCAAAACUAGGUCAUGGUUACAGAAAGCUGGGUAUUUGGCCGUAUUUUGAUUAUGUCUUCCAUGGGAUCCUAGCUCAAUCCAACAAAUUACCAAAUCCGGCCGAGCGUGCCGCUAUCCACAAGCCAAUUUUGGAGAUAUUAAGCAGCGCUUUGAGCUCGUUCGACUAUAGCGUGAUUCUGAACUCAAUUCCAUCAGGGUCCAACCUUGACGAACUUGUUGUAACUGACAACUUUCUCACUUACGCCAUGGAAUCUUCCACCACAGCUGUUCUCAAUUAUCUUUUUGAGGAAAAUGUUUUCAAAAACCUGCUUCAAAACGCCUCAUUUGGGGUUGAAAAAAUGGGAAGUAUAACAGAGGAAGACUGUCAAUCACUAGCAUUACCAUGCCUCGCCUUAAGCACCAUCAACCAAGUUCUAACUAUUCAGGAAACGUAUGUGGAAGAGCUCUGUCCAAUUGUAAAGAAAAGUGCAAGUAAGAAUUACUUUAUUCCAAAAGACUUUGGUUUACAUGGUCUGCGCUCAUUCUACGACGCUAUUUCUUUUGAUCUUCCUUUGAUUGUCGGUAUCGGUCUCUAUGUUGGUCACACUAACUAUAAGAUUGCAUCCAACUCGCUUGAUAUCUUAGACAAGAUAUCUACAGAAAUGAAAGGUAGAGAUAGCCAAGCCAUUGUCAAAGACAAACUCCUCAGCGUUUUCGAUUCAGUUGAUGAAUCUGCGCGGAUAAAACAAGCCUUCAUCAAUCAAUUACAAACUUCAAUUACCAAUUAUGAAAGUUUCUCUAUUAAAAUGAGAAUCCUUGAUUUUAUCUCAAAGAACUUGUCAUACACAGACAAGCAGCCAACAGUCGCACACUUCCUAUUAGGUUUACAAAUAGGCAAUACAAUAUCGUUAGGCCCCGAUUUGAGCACAUUCGUUACUUCCGGUUGUUCUGUUUUGACGUCAAUCAUAUACCUGCUUCAAUCUUCCCUGAUGGUUCUGAGUUCAGAAGAAAUCGAAUUUCUCCCAGCUAAGUUAGCAUCUUCAUCAAUGGAAAUUCUUUUGAAGUUAUGCAAGAAUUCUGCAACUUCAAAAAUAGUCUUGAGACAUAUGAGUGAGUCUGAUUUCUUCGAAACAAUACUCGCUCGUGACCCAAAGGUCGACGUUAACACAAGAUGGUCCGGUGAGGUUUUCGCCGGAAAUUCGGCUGGCGACUCUCUUGGAUUCAUCAAACAGACUUCAACUGGUGCAUUUUUGUCUUUUCUAAGCUACAGGAGUUUUGCGUUACAGUAUUUGAGUCUUGACAUUCACGGAUUGAGUGGCGAGUCACUCAAAAGCAGAAUAAAAUCAAGAAUUGAUCUCCUAAUUUCGAAUUACCUACAACCACCUCGUCUAUUUUCGUUUCUUGAUGCCCUAAACUUCGACGCCAGGCCUUCGCCUCACGAGACUUUAAAAGGCUUGAAAGUCCUCUCAGGGAUAAAUUUUAACCUGCCUUCCUUACAAAAAGUCACACCUUGUACAGAAUUGAUUUACGAUUGCAGUGAACUUGAAUCACUCAUUCGCUUAAGGACGCAAUUUUUAGGGAAGCAUCUACCCUUGAACUUUCAUGAGGAAACAAUCACAAACAAGGAGACGCUCGAUAGAAUUUCAGGUGCAGAGGCCGCGACUAUUGAAAAGCACCUGACAGAUUAUAUGAGCUUUGAGCAGUUCAAAUCCUUACAACUUUCUCUACUACACUCUUGGGUUCAACUUGUUCAAGUGGUUGUGCUAGAUGGAGCCCUCCCACAAGUGUCAAUUUCAGACUUUAUUUUACGACUCUUUGAAGCCAUUGUUCCAAAGAUCAAUGAUUACGUCGAGCUUGAUGUGUGCUAUUCGGAAGAGCUUGUUUCCUUAUGCGUGUUCCUUUACGAUCUUUACCAGAAAGACCAAAAGCUGAAUAAUGGCGAGCACACAGCCGAUGGGCGCCUAAUAGCUUUGUUUUUGGCUUGUAUUAAUGGCAUACGAUCUCCGCUUUCCACUUUGGCUCUUAGGUCUGAUUUUUACAUCCUUGCUAACCGUUUCCUAGUUAGCAUCAUGAAAGAAGUUAACACGGCAAAACAAGUUCUCAAAACACUGAAACUGACCAGUGAACGGCUCGUUGAAGUGGUCUGCAAUGAUGCAAUCUCAGGCGAGGGAUCCUCUAGAAUUACUGGUAUUUUAUUCCUGGAUUCACUGGUUCAAAUUGCUGGUCUCAAUAAGGUGAAUUUCGUCUUAGAAAGCCUUGUCAAAAGUAACAUGCUCCUCCUCAUCAGUCACUCAAUCAAGACUACUGAUGACCUCCUGAGCUCAGGGCUAGAAGGUAUUACUCUGGACAACCUACUAUAUGAGCUGACUGCCUUCAAGUCAACCAUUCAUUUCCUUAUCCGCAUAGCUGAAUCACGAAGCGGAGCACAGGCUUUGGUGGAAAAUGAGAUUUUCCGUGUCAUAGAGUCUUGUGAAUUCUUAGAGGCCGAUCCAGAUUUAGGACUUGAACUAAUUUUCACUGAAGUCAGGACUCAAGAGUCGCAGGCAGUCCGCGUGACCUUUAGCUUGGACAAAUCUUUAAACCUCAGCAAAGAUGCUUGCGGUUUAUCGCUGUUCGAGAUUAUCGUCCCAGUGUUCCAACUAAUGACGUCUAUCCUCAUAAGCAUGGGUAGUGCAAAUAAGCCUGUUCUCAAGAAAACAAGGAAUCUUUUAAUUCACUUCAGGAAGCUUGUGCAGGGUGUUCUAAAGAGAGAUGCUCUUAUUGAAGGUAGCGACGAAAAACAUUUGGACCGUUCUAAUAGUGAGGGCUUACAAAAACUUGUAAAGCUUGUUGUCCUGCUUUGUACCUUGACUGGCUAUAAUGGAGGGUCACAAAAGAACGGCUUGGAUCCCAAAAUAUACACGUUGCCUCAGUCAUAUGGAAACAAGUAG